AUGGCAAAUUUGAAUCAAAAAGUAGCCAGUUUAAGUCUCAACAACAAAGAGAACGGUGACGAUGGCGGCAAACCUUCAUAUAUCCCACCGCAUUUAAGAAGCAAAGACAAAUCGACGCUUGGAAGAACUACCCCACAAAAAGAGGAUAAGGGUUCAAAUGGAGAAUUCUUUAGGCGUGCUGGAAGGCAUGCUGGGGAUAAUGGUGGUUUUUUUGGCUUUUCUAAGGAAAGAAAUGGAAAAGCGAGUACGAAAUAUAACCGCGGAAGUAGCUCGUCAGGAAGCAGAUGGAUAAAUGGCAAACAUACACCAGGACCAAAGAACGUAAAACUAGAAGCUGAACUAUUUGGUGUACACGAAGAUCCCGAUUACCAUUCAUCUGGUAUAAAGUUUGAUAAUUACGAUGAUAUUCCCGUAGAAGCAUCUGGUAAAGAUGUUCCAGAACCACUACUAGAGUUUGGUUCACCUCCCUUGGAUGCUCUGUUGAUGGAAAAUAUCAAACUUGCUGGUUUCAACAAACCUACUCCAGUUCAAAAAUAUUCGAUUCCCAUAGUCACAAAAGGUAGAGAUUUGAUGGCAUGCGCCCAAACAGGGUCAGGCAAGACAGGUGGGUUUCUGUUUCCGCUCUUCACGGAAUUAUUUCGAUUCGGACCUUCCCCCGUACCUGAAAAGACACAAAGCUUUUAUUCUAGAAAGGGAUACCCAUCGGCUUUAGUUCUUGCACCAACCAGAGAACUGGCUACACAAAUUUUUGAAGAAGCAAGAAAAUUUACGUAUAGAUCAUGGGUCAGACCAUGCGUUGUCUAUGGCGGAGCUCCAAUCGGUAACCAAAUGAGAGAAGUAGACCGUGGUUGUGACUUACUUGUGGCAACCCCAGGGCGGUUAAAUGAUUUACUAGAACGUGGAAAAAUUUCCUUGGCCAAUAUCAAAUACCUAGUUCUAGAUGAGGCUGAUAGAAUGCUGGAUAUGGGGUUUGAACCUCAAAUUCGCCAUAUAGUUGAAGGAUGUGAUAUGCCUUCGGUGGGAAAUAGGCAAACUUUAAUGUUUUCCGCCACAUUUCCAGUGGACAUCCAGCAUUUGGCUCGUGAUUUUUUAGAUAAUUACAUCUUUUUGUCUGUAGGGAGGGUUGGCUCUACCUCGGAGAAUAUCACGCAAAGAAUACUAUAUGUGGAUGAUUUGGAUAAAAAAUCUGCCCUGUUAGAUUUGCUCUCGGCUGAACAUACAGGUUUAACGUUAAUCUUUGUCGAAACGAAAAGAAUGGCUGAUCAGCUGACCGACUUCUUGAUAAUGCAGAAUUUCAAGGCCACGGCCAUACAUGGUGAUCGUACACAAGCUGAACGUGAACGUGCCUUAUUCGCUUUUAAAACUAACGUAGCUGAUAUUUUGGUCGCAACCGCCGUAGCAGCAAGAGGUUUGGACAUACCAAAUGUUACACACGUCAUCAAUUAUGAUUUGCCUUCUGAUAUCGAUGACUACGUUCAUAGAAUAGGUAGAACUGGUCGUGCUGGUAAUACAGGUGUUGCUUCUUCAUUCUUCAAUAAUAAUAAUCAAAACAUUGUGAAAGGCUUGAUCGAAAUCUUAAACGAAGCUAACCAAGAAGUUCCGGCGUUUUUAAAUGAUAUGUCGAGGCAGAAUUUAAGGAACAGUAGAACUAGAGGCGGUGGAGGUUUCUUCAAUAACCGCAAUAACGGUUCGAGGGACUAUCGUAAACAUGGAGGAAACAGCUCAUUUGGAAACACAAGGCCAAGAAAUACCGGAACGUCUAGUUGGGGUUCCAGCGGAGGUGGGUUUAGAAAUGAUAAUGAAAAAAGUGGUUUUGGAGAUAGCAAUUCUUCAUGGUGGUAA